AUGGCAAUCGCUGACAGACUACAAAGAAGUUUUAUUAAGCCUUGGCUAGAAAUUCAACCAGAUCCUCCCAGACGUCAAGCGGUAGAGUAUUUGCUCAAGGACAGCCACCCACCUCUACCAUCCAUUGUCCAAGUCAAAACCGUCCUAAAACACCUAAAUCCUAGGAAAGCCAUUGGGUCGGAUAAUAUCCCUGCAUGGUGUCUUAAACGGUACGCAGAAGAAUUAGCACCAGUGGUCCACGAUAUUGUGGUUGCAAGCAUAAUUCAAUGCAAACAUCCCAUCUCCUACAAGCAUGCAAUCAUCAGUCCCAUACCAAAGAUCCGUCCACCCACAGACCUAGAUAGUGACUUCCACCAAGUUUCCGCGCUGCAAAAGUUAUCGAGAAGCUACAGUUCCAACUCAAUAAAUCCAGUUUCAAGAUCAAAACAAACCAGCACGCCUUUACGAGCGGUCACCCCACCGUGUCUGCCCUUACCUCCAUAUCUCAGAACUGGUUCGACUCAACGGACAACUCCUCAACCGGUAGACAAGGUGUCCACGCCCUAUUUGUUGAUUUCCGGAAGGCGUUUGACUUGGUCGACCAUAAGAUCCUUCUGGACAAGCUUGCUGAUAUGAAUGUAACAAGGAGUUUCUGGUUGUGGAUAAGAUGGAACUGAAUGCCAAAAAGACAAAAGAUAUGUGGAUUAACUUCACCGAAGCACCGCCCCAUCUACCACUGCGUAUAGGAGAUGCUAUCAUAGAAAGAGUCGAUAACUUCAAACUCUUUGGAACCUGGUUUCAAAAGGAUCUGAAAUGGAAUAAACAUGUCGAGGAGACCACUCGCAAAACAGCUAAAAACCUGUACUGCCUAAGAGAAUGUAGAAGAGCGAACUUACCAGUCGAGUGGUUCUCACCACUUAACUAUCCUUGA